GGAAGGAUAUUUGCCAUCGUCACUUAUACCUACUGUACAUGUGACUCCAGACCCACAGCGGGAGUUGCUGAACCAGAUGGGAUCUUUUAAUAUCAAAAUUAAAACUAAAGUGCUGCAGAUGCUGGAAAUCUGAAAUAAAAAUAGGAAGUGCCAAAGAAACAAGCAGCUUUGGCAGAAUGUGUCAAGAGAGGAACAAAGUCAAUGUUGCAAGUCCAGUAUAACUCUUCUUUGGAAUUGAAAAGGUUUUAUGCUGUAGAAAUAUUAAGAGAGGUGGAGCAAGUGGAACAGAUGGGAAAGGUGCCCAAGAGCAAAAAACAAAGGGAAUGCUAAUGGUGUUGGAGAAGGUAUUAAUGGGUGAAUUGUCACGAUCAAACCCUCUCAGAUUGGAGCAGUUACUGAGGCAAUGUCUGUACAAAGAUGAUGGAGACAGAGCGAGACAGCUGACAGAGAAUUAGAGGUUUGACCUCCUGGGACAUUUUACCUUUGACCUGGCUACUCCCGCCACUGUCAGCACGGAAAAGGCCAGUGAAAAGAAACUGAUUUGCAAAACAGAUAUCAAAUCGAGCGAGGAAAGGCAUACUUUCCUUUUCCACAUUCCUCCAGUUUCUCUACCAGCUCAGAUACUACCAAUCAUUACCCAGCAAAGAGGCAGUAAGUCGCCUGUCAAUGCCCCUGGGGUUUGCGAGGCAGCUUCUAAACAACACCAGAAAAAUGAAGCUGAGCUGACAGUGCAAAAAGAGGUGUGCACAGCGGCUCAGACAAACGGAAGGAUUAUAAUCAACUGACUUUUGAAGCUCAGAGAGUGAGAGAGGCUUUUCUCCACUGGACCGACUGCCAAUAAUGAAGGUGUGCUAAGCCAAUACGUACCUGCACCAUCUCUGCACCUGACCUGCUAUAUCUCCCUCCCAUGAGUGAAGUCUCCUGGGUACAUUAGUUCCUGCUCACCUGUUUCCUGAGGGAUGUUGGAACAUGAGGCAGCUUUCAGUAAAUAUAAAGGAAGGGCUGAAGGAUGUAUGUUUUGAGUGACAGGCUUGCCCCCUUGCUGGUGAAUCUCCAAUGAAGUCUCCACCAACAGACAAGAGGAAGCUGCGCCCAGUCUGUGCUCAGAGAAAAAUAACUACUCUGUCAAACUAUCCAUAGACCUUCCUUCUCAUUCUGUGGUUUGUCCAUUCUAGCCCGUUUAACGCUCUUACCUGGAAGGCAGUGAAGGGCCUCAUGGGAAACAGGAGGCCCCUGAAGGCCAAGUUAUUCCAUGGCCUGGACCUUGAACGCCAGCUGAGAAAGAGUUGCAUUUAUAUAGUGACUUGCACGACUUCAGGACAUCCUGGACCACUUGAUUAGCCAAUGAAUUACUUUUGAAGUGUCAUCACUGUUGUAAUAUUUGGAAACCUGGCAGCUGAUUUGCAUACAGCAAGAUUCCACAAACAGCAAUACAAUAUUAACCAGAUAACCUGUUUUUUUCUAAGUGGUAUCAGCUGAGGGCCCUGCUCUACAAAGUCGUGACCAUGGAACUUCUCACACCCAUGUGAGAGAGUCUGAUUUGUGGAUCCUUCAUUUACAAAAUCUGCGCCUCCCUUUGACAGUGUGCUAGGAUUGUCAGCUUUGAUUUUUCUCUGUUGUACCCAAGACCGGGAGUGGGAUUUGAACCCAGAACCUUUUCAUUCAUCUCCGCAGUCAGAGUAUUACCCACCAGGGCACGGGCCAAGAUCCAGGUGGGAUGUAGGCUUAGAAAGGAGAGCCCAUUCUGAACGCGGAGAAGUGCCCAUUCCAGACUAUGACCACAGUCUAUGCCAAUGGUGGCACCAUGGUGAACCAGCACUAUCCCCAGUGGAGUCGGGACAACAGCUCGGAGGACAGCACUCGGCCGGAGAUCUUUGAGGAGGAGGCUGGGCAGCCACGUAGACUGACCCCUCUGGAGAAACUGUCACAGGAGAUGGCGCACGAUGAGCGGGCGGUCAAGGAGCUGACGCUGGGGAAGCGGAUCGGGUUCUACCGCGUGCGAGGCGAGAUCGGCAGUGGAAACUUCUCACAGGUCAAACUCGGCGUCCACUUGCUCACCAGAGAGAAAGUCGCCAUCAAGAUAUUGGACAAGGCAAAACUGGGACAGAAGACCCAACAGCUGCUGUCUCGGGAGAUCUCCAGCAUGGAGCGCCUACACCACCCCAACAUCAUCAGGCUCUACGAAGUGAUCGAGACUUUGUCCAAACUUCACUUGGUCAUGGAGUAUGCUGGUGGGGGCGAACUGUUCACCAAAAUCAGCACCGAGGGCAGGCUCUCCGAGGAGGACAGCAAGGUGGUCUUUGCACAGAUUGUCUCAGCUGUUAAACACAUGCACGAGAACAACACGAUUCACCGGGACCUGAAGGCGGAGAACGUUUUCUACGUGACCAAUAGCUGUGUGAAGGUGGGCGACUUUGGUUUCAGCACCACGUGCCGCAGGGACCAGCUGCUCAGCACCUUCUGCGGCUCACCCCCCUACGCCGCGCCCGAGCUUUUCCGCGACGAGAAUUACGUGGGGAUCUUCGUGGACAUCUGGGCUUUGGGGGUGCUGCUGUACUUUAUGGUGGUGGGCACCAUGCCCUUCCGGGCAGACACUGUGGCCAAGCUGAAGAAGUGCAUCCUGGAGGGCAGCUACCAAUUGCCACAGCAUCUGACUGAGCCGUGCCAGAGGCUGAUCCGUGGUAUCCUGAGACCGGCACCUACCGAGCGGCACACCGUGACUCAGAUCGCCCGCAGUGAGUGGAUGGGAGGCGUCCGGCUCCCGAAGGGCCACGAGCCCUUCCGGCUGGACCCCUCACACCUGGCCGGCUGUGCCGAGGCUCUGAGGGGGGACCAGGCCGAGGUGAAGCGGGCGCUGACCCGCCUGGGGGUGACAGACACCCACAUCCUGGACAACAGCGGCAAGGACUCACGCAGCCCCAUCACGGGCAUGUACCGCAUUGUGCUGCACCGGGUGCAGAGGAGGAGAGCCCCUGACACCGUCCCGGCACUCUCCCGGCAACUGGCUGGAGCCAAGGAGCCGAGGAAAGAGCGCGGGAUGGCGCGGCAGACCUCCAAGCUGUGUUUGAUUUUGUAAGAUGAACCAGAGGGGCAGGUCUCACCAGCUUCCCGAGAAGGAAGAACGAUUUUCUAUUUUGUAACAAGCUGUAACUGUCACUUGCCAAUAGAUUGGUGCCCAGUGGGCAUGUGUUUUUGUGUUAAAUAUACCAGAGGUGCCCAGAGGGAAACCAAUAGCUUGGACUGCAAGGUUGGAUUUGGAUCUAAGCACUUCAAUACCACAACAAACCACCAGCAAAAUUGUCCUCCUUGUUGUUUGACCAAAGCUUCCAUUUUUAAAAUUCUUAUCCUCGGAUUCAGAUUCCUCCAUGACCAUUCUGUGUUUCCACCCUCAGUCUGACAACCCUUCAAAAUCUCAGGGUUCCCUUUGCGCCAGUUCCUUGUAUAUCUUCUAAUCCUUCCUCCCCAGAGCUCAGGCAAUGGACAGUCACACCCUCACUGAACGACAAAUAGCUUGCAAGCAUUGUUUGCCUCCUUGUCCUGGUCCUGUGAUCCUUGUGGGUGGAUGUGCUAUUCUGGCACUGAGCUCAACAAUUCCCCCUCCAAACGUCUCUCUCUCCCUUUUGGCUCCUUCACUUCCCGUUUGAGCAUCUGCUCAAGAAAGAAGAGACCUCCCAUAGAGGGAGUGCAGCAAAGGUACACUGAACUAAUACUGCCAGUAUUGUCCCAUACUUUACCUGGGCCUGUAUUCAUUAUAGUUUAGAAGGGUGACAGGGGAUUUGAUUAAAACGUAUACAAUUCUAACAGGGCAUGACCGACUAGAUGCAGGGAGGAUGUUUCCCCCAGAUGGGGAGUCUAGAUCCAGGGGAUAGAGUAGACCAGGAUACAGAGUAGACCACUGCAGAUUAAGAUGAUGAAAUAUGUUUCCAUUCAAAGUGAUCUUGUGGAAUUGUCUAUCACAAAAGGCUGUGGAGGCCAAAUCACUAGAUAUAUUCAAGAAAGAGACAGAUAUACUUUUAGAUUUUGAGGCACCAAAGGGUAUUGGAAGAAAGCGGGAUUAUAUCAUUGAGUUAGAGGAUCAACCACGAUCAUAUUGAAUUUUGGAGCAGGUUUGAAGGGCCAAAUGGUCUACUCCUGCUCCUAGUUUCUAUGUAUGUUGCAAUAACUAAACUCAUCUCUACAUCAGUUGUCCUAAGAUUUCCCCUUGUGUUCUGUUUGUCGGGGCCAGCACAACAUCAAGGGCUGAAGGGCCUAUUCUGUGCUGUACUGUUCUACGUUCUCAGUUUGGACUUGGGGGAAGUCCCAUAGGUUGUUUUUCUCUUUGGAAGCUCACGUAUUGAGGAUGGGGAGGGGGUUAGUUAAUGUUAAAUGUCAAACAAACACAGUAUUGGUUUAAACUCUGAACCUUUGUCUCUGGGGUCUGGUUUGACAAUUCGGGGACAGCUCAACCGGAGGAAACCCUCAAUGAUAGUGCGGCAUGAGUUGAGUUUGUUGUGGGGUUGGGCCGGGGCGGAAUUGAAUUCCUUGUUGUCAGGGAGCCACAACACAAAACUCGGAAGGUCACCGUGGUGUAGCAGAAUGGGAAUGGGGCUAAGGCUCAAGAUGGGAGCUGUGGAAAGGAAGCUAACCUGUUCCACCACAAGAGGUAGAUCAUGACCAAUCUGAAAUCAACUCCGUUAUCCCUUCAUACUCUCACCCAGAAAAAACCUUUCAGUCUUUAAUCUCCAAUUGGUCCACAGCACCAAAGCAGAGACAGAGUUCCAGGUUUCCACUGGACUUGGUGCAAGUACUUCCUGACAUCACCGUUCAUCGGCUUCUGCUCCUAAUUCAUGUGUUCUUUCUCUUCUCUCUACUUAAAGGACAAUGAUGGCCUGGUGCUCUACUGUUAAACCAGGUAAUAUUCUGGGAUCCAGCUUCAGAUCUCAUCAUGGCAGAUGGUGGAAUCUGAAUUCAAUAAAAAAAA